UUAAUGUACCUUAUGUUUAUUGUUUUAUUUAAAUUACCAUCCAUUCUACUAAACAAGUUAAAACAAGUUUCAUUUUCUUUUUGGACAAGUCGAGACAUGUUAUUUUAAAAGUAGGUAGAUUAAUUACAUAGCAGUCCAACUGAUACAGUUAUUUGUAACAUGAGCUAUAAGGCGAAUCCUGUAUGACAAAAUGAAUAAGUUAUACUAUUGCUUAUUCGUUAAAUUAUGCUCUGUUAGUUGGAUUUCGCAAGUGUAAUUAGACUCAGCAGAUUUAUUGUGUUUUAAAAUCAUUAAUUCAUUCUGUCGUCUACUUUCAUAUCAACCAGUUCUACUGUCCAAUUUUCAAUUUACUUAAUCAUGUCGAGAAGGCAGCAACAAUUAUCUUCGCCAGAAGCUUCGGUUAUCAUAAAUAUGAGCCCAGAAAUCCCUAAAUAUAUAAUUAGGCUAGAAAUCUUGCGUGCGGAAGAGACAGAUAGUGAAGUAAACGUGAAACUUAACUCGAAAGCUCAGUACGUUGUUCACAAUGAACAUGAUAACAUCCUAUACAAGGCACUUCGGCUUAUGUACCAAAUGGGUGCUGAAGUGGCAGCAAGAAACGAAAGUUCAGGCAAUAUAGUACAGACUCAUCACCAGUCGUACUCACCAUCAGAUAACCGGUGAUUGCGCAGAUUUCUGGAUUGCGAAAUUUACCUACUAUUAAUUUAUCAUGAAAUCUUUAAGGAUAGGCGAAAACCCUAAUACAAACAGUUGUCUCAAAAUUAAAAGAAACUCGAAUAAAAAUAAACCUCUUCAAUCUUUUGUAAUUAGAAAAGAGCUAAGAAAAGGAAUUCGUCUUAUCAAAAUAACCAUCCAGGACUUGAACGAAGAAGCAUUAUCAUCAUCCCAGACAGCAAAUAGUGACAGUGUUGUGUUAAGUGCGCAGUACGUUGUCAAAGACGUCGUUGAUGACAUUUUCGACCAAACAGAAAGCAUAGUUAACAAAAUAUCAAAAAAGUUGAGUAGUGAUGAUAUAUUUUACAGUUUUUAAAGGAAUAUUUUGUAUUU